GGAAGGGUGGUCUGUGCCCGGCGGGGGAGGCGGCGAGUGGGGCGGUGGCGGGCCGACCUUUGCUGAGUCUCCGGCCGGAGCAGGACCGAGGCCCCUUCCUGGGGGAGUUUCCUGCGGGGUCCGUCCUCUCGGGCUCUCCCCGCCCCCUCUCCGGGCCGCUCCUUGUAAGGUCUGGGCGCCGCUCUCUCCCCGCCCCCUACCUCCCUCCUCCCUGCGCGCUGCGUCCCUCCCCGCCUGGCUGGAGCUGCUCGGGACCGGGACGCAGAGUCCGCGGACUGGGCGCCGACGCGGUCCUCCGAGACGCGGUGAGCACGCUCCCGCCCGCGCAGCCCGGCCAGGCCAUGGCGGCCCCCCGCCCGCCCCCCGCCAUCUCCGUCUCCGUCUCGGCCCCGGCGUUUUACGCUCCGCAGAAGAAGUUCGCCCCGGUGGUGGCCCCGAAGCCCAAAGUGAAUCCUUUCCGGCCUGGGGACAGCGAGUCUCCGGCGGUAGCCGGGGCCCAGCGAGCUCAGAUGGGCCGAGUGGGCGAGAUCCCCCCGCCGCCCCCAGAAGACUUUCCCUUACCCCCUCCUCCCGUCCUUGGGGAUGGCGACGACUCGGAGGGUGCUCUGGGAGGCGCUUUCCCACCUCCACCUCCCCCGAUGAUUGAGGAACCAUUCCCCCCUGCGCCUCUGGAGGAGGACAUCUUCCCCUCCCCGCCACCGCCCCUGGAGGAGGAGGGAGGGCCUGAGGCCCCCAUCCCACCCCCACCGCAGCCCAGGGAGAAAGUGAGCAGUAUUGACCUGGAGAUCGACUCUCUGUCCUCACUGCUGGAUGACAUGACCAAGAAUGAUCCUUUCAAAGCCCGGGUGUCAUCUGGAUAUGUACCCCCGCCAGUUGCCACUCCAUUUGUUCCCAAACCUAGUACCAAGCCUGUACCUGGGGGCACAGCACCCUUGCCUCCUUGGAAGACCCCUUCUAACACCCAGCCACUGCCUCAGCCUCAGGCCAAGCCUCAGGUCCAGCCUCAGGCUAAGCCUCAGGUCUACCCUCAGCCUGCUUCCUCUGAUAACUUGCAGCCCCGAGGCCCCCCUGCUCCAGCUCCAACUCCAGCACCUAAGUUUACUCCAGUGGCUCCCAAAUUUACUCCUGUGGCUUCCAAGUUCAGCCCUGGUGCCCCAAGUGGACCUGGGUCACAGCCCAAUCAAAAAUCAGGGCCUCUGGAUGCUCCUCCUGCAGGCACAGGCUCCCCUCAGCCCCCCAGCUUCACUUAUGCUCAGCAGAAGGAGAAGCCCCGAGUUCAGGAGAAGCAGCACCCAGUGCCUCCACCAACUCAAAACCAAAACCAGGUGCGCUCUCCUGGGGGCCCAGGACCCUUGACUCUGAAGGAGGUGGAGGAGUUGGAGCAGCUGACCCAGCAGCUGAUGCAGGAUAUGGAGCAUCCUCAGAGGCAGAAUGUGGCUGUGAAUGAGUCCUGUGGCCGAUGCCAUGAGCCCCUAGCCCGCACUCAGCCUGCAGUCCGUGCACUGGGACAGCUGUUCCAUAUUGCCUGCUUCACUUGUCACCAGUGUGAGCAGCAGCUCCAAGGACAGCAGUUCUACAGUCUGGAGGGGGCGCCGUAUUGUGAGGGCUGCUAUACCGACACCCUAGAGAAAUGCAACACCUGUGGGCAGCCCAUCACUGACCGCAUGCUGAGGGCCACUGGCAAAGCCUACCACCCACAGUGCUUCACCUGUGUGGUCUGCGCCUGCCCCCUGGAGGGUACCUCCUUCAUUGUGGACCAGGCCAACAGGCCCCACUGUGUCCCUGACUAUCACAAGCAAUACGCCCCAAGGUGCUCUGUCUGCUCUGAGCCCAUCAUGCCUGAGCCUGGCCGCGAUGAAACCGUGCGAGUAGUGGCUUUGGACAAGAACUUCCAUAUGAAGUGCUACAAGUGUGAGGACUGUGGGAAGCCCCUGUCCAUUGAGGCAGACGACAACGGCUGCUUCCCUCUGGAUGGCCAUGUCCUUUGUCGGAAGUGCCACACUGCUAGAGCCCAGACCUGAGAAUGAGCCUCCUUCCAGACCACAGGUCCAUUCCCCAUCAUGGAUCACCCACACUGAAAUCAGUACUUGCCUCUACCCUACCUGUCCCUCCCUCCAUUCCAAACCGCUCUCCAGUAUCUCAAGUUCCCUGACCUAGGGCCUCAGCGUGGCCUCGAGGUGCUGAGGCCCAGCCCUGGGCUCCAGCCCUAGCCUCUCCUGCAGGGAUUGCCCACUGUCCUGAGGUCCCCACCUAAGGGGCCCCAGUUAGUGCUGCUGCUUUCACUGCUGCACCGAUGCCCUUGGCUGGCCUGAGCAGCCUAUGCAAUCUGCUUGCUGAGGGUAGGAGAAGCCCUGACCUUCUGGCAACCUGGCCCCAGCAGCCUGGACACCUACCCUGCCCCGUGCUGCCAGAUGGUGGUCACAGCUAAGAUUAAAAUAAUUUCUUUUUCCAGAA